AGUGGAGCCUUUUAUUAUGCUGUCAUUGGAGCAAUUACAACGCGUAAUUGUGUUUUAAACACAAAUACACCACAAUACAGUAGCCUGUAGGCUACCCGUAUAGCCGACUUAAUGAUGUUCUUUCGCAAAAUGGUCUGAUGGCGAGAGUAUCCUACUCUGAGUAAAAGUCUAUGGGUAAUACAACUUUGUUGACAAAGUAUUUUACGGAAAAUGCCAUCCAAUAAGUCUGUGUCAGAGGAACCUAUUGUCCAGUUUGUCAACUGCAGGAUACUGAGAGAACAUAAGCUUCAGAGAGAGGACCUCUGGGUCCGCGAGGGGACGAUACUCGACCCAGAGAAGCUCUUCUUUGAUGAAAAAGGUUAUGCAGAUGAGACUGUUGAUUGCAAAGGAUGCAUUGUCGCCCCCGGAUUCAUAGAUGUCCAGAUCAACGGAGGAUAUGGUAUUGACUUCUCUCAAGCAACCGAAGAUGUCAGAGGUGGGGUGUCUUUAGUGGCAAAGAAAAUACUGGAGCAUGGUGUUACCUCCUUCUGCCCUACCUUGGUGACCUCACCUCCAAACAUCUACCACAAGGUCUUGCCUGAGGUCAGAGUUCACAAUGGAGGAAGAGAAGGUGCUGGAGUGUUGGGGUUUCAUCUGGAGGGGCCGUUCAUUAGUCCAGAAAAGAAAGGAGCUCAUCCCGAGAAAUAUCUACGUACUUUCAAGUUGGGUGGAAUGAGAGACCUACUGGACACCUACGGUGCUCUGGACAAUGUUGCCAUGGUGACAUUAGCCCCAGAGCUAGCCAAUAGCCAAGUGGUGAUUCAGGAAUUGGCACAAAUGGGCAUCACUGUCUCAUUAGGACACUCAGUGGCCAACCUUACCCAGGCAGAGGAAGCAGUGCAGCACGGAGCGUCAUUCAUCACUCACCUCUUCAACGCAAUGCUGCCAUUCCACCACAGAGAUCCUGGCAUAGUGGGACUGCUGACUAGUGACCAGAUUCCUCAUGACAGGAAAGUGUUCUACGGCAUGAUUGCUGACGGCAUCCACACCAACCCGGCUGCCCUGCGCAUCGCCCACAGAGCACACCCCUCAGGUCUGGUGUUGGUGACUGAUGCCAUCACGGCGAUGGGUCUUCCCCCUGGACGCCAUCCCCUGGGUCAGCAGGUCAUUGAGAUCCAGGGCCUUCAUGCUUAUGUGGCAGGCACCACGACUCUCAGUGGAAGCAUAGCCACAAUGGACAUGUGUGUGAGGCACUUGAAACAGGCUUCAGGAUGCAGUGUGGAGGAAGCUCUGGAAGCCGCCUCCCUCCACCCAGCUCAGCUGCUGGGCAUUAGCCAACACAAAGGCACCCUGUCAUAUGGAGCAGAUGCAGACCUCGUUCUGCUUGAUGAUGUCAUGAAUGUAAAAGCCACGUAUGUUUCUGGAGAAGAGGUCUGGAGGAAUUGACCUCACUCUGAGGACCUACACUAAGGAUGAACCAUGGACCUGCAAAAAAGUAUAACAUACCUCUAGAGGGCAUGACGGUGUAGAUAUGAGGUAGUCAUGAUCAGAUCCUCCACACUGGCUACCUGGAAAUCCAUCAGCAGCUGAUUUGAUGGCUUAUUGCUUCUACCAAUCAGAUCUAGUCAUUACCUGAGUGACCGGCCUUUUGUCAAGCCAUAAUCCAUAACCAUACUUUGGCAUGAUGAUUUCAGGUUGAUCUCCACACUAGAUAACUAGAGCAGCUAUAUGGUUUAUGAAUGAAAUUUGCAAUCAGCCAGCAAUCAUUCAUAAAUAUAUAACCAAUUUUUUCAAACAAGUGUAUGUAUUGUAAAAGAAGGGAAAGAGUUAGGUUGAGUAAUUUUUUUUUAAAUAAAUUAAUGCAAUCAU